CAAGCCUAUCGUGACUCAUUCUUGGUCAUGAGCCAGCGGCAUUCGAUAGAUUUAGAAGGCAUCACGAUACCCCCAAAAGAUCCAGUUGCGCCCAAGAUCUAUUGCUCAUCCUUUGCACUUUGCAGUGGCAGUCUUCUCUGUUGUGCUGGGUUGUAGGUUCACUUUUCCAAUCUUCAGCCCAUAUCCAACGAUCAAAGAUCGCCUCUGGAUGCAGCAGAGCGCAUAGUCAAGGAAGAAGCAACGUACAACUCAACUCGCAGCCCCAUAACGAACACAACAGGAAAGAUGCCGAAGAACGAAAAAAAGACGACAACAACUACUACAUCACGCGUUACAAGCGCUGCUGCCCGUGUUAUCAACGAUGCAACCGCCUACACUCAUUCCCGAUUCAAUGCAUGGGUCGCUGUCAUGGUUCUUUCCAUGGUGGCCUUGAUUUCUAUUGUGGCUGCCACAGAUAACCGAAACAGAGACUUCCAAGAAAAAUGGAGUCUAGCCAUGGCAGCUAUAUCCAUGUGUUUGGGGUUUCUGGCUGCUCUGGGCCAUGCCAUUGUACCACUCCGAGAGAAGUUUGUAUCUACCACAAUGGAACUGGUCAUGGCGUUUAUUUGUGUUGCUGUUUGGAGCAUUGGCCUCCCCAUGAUCACUACACCCAAUGAUGGCCUUGCUGUCAACCACAACUAUCUUGUGGAUGAUGCCAAUCUGUACUUUUCCAGCUGGGGUGCCUUUAUCUUUUCCCUUAUCGUUUUGGCGGGUGUUGGGAAUGAACGUGGCGUCAGUGCAGGACGGGACACCUAUGCACGCCGUUGGUUUUGGCUUGUCGUGGCUAGUUUCGUUGUCAUGGCGGCAGCCUCUCGAAUGUUUGAUGGAUCCUGUGCAGGAAACCCAUACCGAAACAAGGAAUUUUGCAAUGAACUCAAAAUGGGGGUUUCCCUCAGUGUUGUAUCAGCCGUCAUUGCCGGUAUCAUGACAUUGCUCAUGUGGUUUACUCCAGUCUUUGUCCCAAUUCACGUGGUUGGGGUGUUCUUUUGUUUAUGUGUGAUGGUCAUCUGGUGUGUACUGGUUGCCUAUUUGACAUUUGAUGGUGGACCAGCCUCAACGGUAGGCAAUCUCUUUUUUGGUGUUUGGUUCAGUGCCAUCAUAUCACUGGAUUUGGGUAUGUGCUAUGCCAUGUCCUAUCUAUAGGUGAUGGCACAGGAUCAAAAGCAAUGGCUCACCCAAGACGACACCUGAUGGCACAAAUGUCAAAGGAUGUGUCUGCUGCCCAGACAGCUUCCCAUUGGAUGAGGGAAGCUUCCUAUGCAACACAAGCAAGAACCUCCCAGCUCCCCUCUACUAGACAUCUAUAUAAUUCACAUCAGUAUGCAUACAUGAUAUUGCAGAAGGGUCCCGAGAUCUUGUCCCGGAAGAACCUCAUUCCUACUUGUUAGUGUUCUCCAUGAUGAGGAAUUGAGCCAUGU